ACAUGUUCCCCAGCUAGUUUGGUACUGUUGUACUUCGCUUGUAGAUCAGUGGAGGGGAUCCGGGAUCGUCCUUCUCGGCUUCUGAUUUCUCCGGCCCAUAGAUCUACAUGAUUGUUAUCCCUACAUCAUGCGGCACUCACGGAGAUGAUUAUCUGCAGACACAGGGCCAGGCCAGGGUCUAGCCCCACUUGAUUCACAAGUCAUUCUGAUUCGCCUGAAUCCUGUUGAGAACAGCGACACCCCAUGUGAAGAUGUUAUGUACAGUCGCCUAGGCUAUAGGAUCAGUAGGACUACAAAAGUGUAGGCUUCCUUUUCUUUUACUUCGGCCACGUGCAGUGGGGCCUCCCUUUCCCCCCUGCAUGCUCUCCAUUCACGUGAACGGUUUCCGGCUCCCCGUAGAGUUGCGACAUUAUUAUUAGUAGUAGCAGUCGAGUUUCUAUUGCCAAGUAUUGGGUGUUUGUCAAGGAUUUGAAGUUCACAGAAGAAAGAAUAGCAUAACUGGAUUUCAGGAAGGAGUAGACAAAGGCAAAAAAAGGUCUCGUGCGUUCCUCUAGAUCUCCGGAGGCGGCUUACGCAACGCGAAUCUUGCUUUCUUGCCUUUGCUAAAAACAAGAAACUCGACACCGGCGGAAUGAAGACCAUUGCGGACAAGGAUGAUUUCACCAGUGUGCUGAGCACCGCCGAUGGCCGGGUGGUGGCCGUGAUGUUCACAGCGACAUGGUGUAACCCAUGCAGCAUUGUGUUACCCAAAUAUAAGGACCUUGAGAGAGAUCACCCCAAUGCAAUCUUCACGAUUGUGGACGUGGAUGUGGCUGAAGACUUGGCUGUCGACAAUGAAGUCGCGGGUUUACCGACAGUCCAAUUCUUCAAGGAUGGCCAGAAGAUUCAUGAGGUCAUUGGACAUAACGUCGAUAAGCUGGUCUCCGCAUUCAGGACCUACGCUCCGUGACCUGAGGACUGCACCCACAUAAUACACCCGUUUACGGUUAGCAGCUGGAGAAGGCAAGUCAUGGACACUGUCUCCCCGGCACACGAUCCACUCACUACGAGUAUAGAAUUUACAGCCGUUCAGUCCUCACCGGCUUUCAAGUAAUUUUAGUUGUGCUUCGAUACCAAGCUAUAUCCAGGCCGGGGGGUAGGUUCCCACUCCCAAUGAGCUCUUUUGCAGGAAGAAUUCUGAGACUGGGAUAGUGUGUUUAGAGAUCAAAUCUAAGCAUGACAAAGUUAUGUACUACUGAGUCCAGGCUGAUUCCAGUUUUAAAAAGGUACAUUCACAUUGUAAUAAUAAUUAUAAUCAUCGAUAAUAAGUCGCUGGAAUAGCACGAGCUCCAGUGUUGGAGCAAACCCAUUCCUAAAACAAUCAUCGCCGAAGUCGCAACCACUAUUUCGUACAAUUAUAAUCAUGUAACAAGUACACACAAUCAUUAGGCACAUAUGGAAAAAAUAGUCUUAAUAAUAUUAUUGUGUAUUCAUUGCCAGCUAAACAUUUUUUUAUCAUUGAUGGUUAUGCAGUGUAUGGCUAGUUGGGUAAUGAUAUUGAUGGUUAGCGCGUUUUGCCUUACAAUUUCUAGGCUACAACAAACAGAUCAAAGGAUCAUGCCAUAAUACCCCAGACGACGGCUGCAUUGCCGCCUGUGUAUGCACACGCUUUCAUCUUUGUAAUCAUUGACUUGUUCUUUCCAUUUGGUCUGAAACA